AUGGCAAGCCGCACUUGGAUCAGGAAGGAGAGCUUCGGUUCAAGCCUGUAUAUGUGGCGACUGAUUCUCAUGGCGUUAUUAACAACACUGCCGCUAGGCGUUCUUUCUCAGGAGUUGGCUCCGGCUAAUAGCACAAUAUCGAGCACAGCUCCUUCUAUCACUUCACUUUCUGCGGUUGACUCAUUUACAUCUACUGUCGAUACAACGAGCAGCGCAAGCUUAUCAACACCUAGUAUAGCGUCCGUAUCCUUUACUUCCUUCCCCCAAAGUUCUUCGCUCCUUACCCUUUCAUCAACGCUAUCUUCAGAGCUUUCCUCUUCUUCCGUGCAAGUUUCUGCAUCUUUCACAUCAUCUGUUUCUUUAUUCAGUUCCUUUUCUUCGGAGGUUGCGUCAUCAUCGUCAUCAUCGUCAUCAUCGUCAUCAUCAUCAACAUCAUCACCAUCAUCAUUAUCGUCAUCAUCACUGUCGACAUCCACCACGGCGUCAACAUCUUCGACUGUUGCCUCUUCCACAUUUUCGACUAGCUCACCGUUGAUUUCCUCUAAGUCCUCGUCCAUUUUUUCGUCAACUUUUUCAUUUAAUUCAUUUAGUUCAAGCUCUUCGUUUUCCUCUUCAAUUUCAAUUUCGUCCAUUUCGACUUCUUCAAUAUCAUUUCCCUCGUCUUCAACCUCGUCUCCGUCUUCGUCCUCAUCACAACCGACACCCUCUUACUCAUCAUCAUCGGACUCAUUGUUCACAUCCUCAUCCUCCUCGCCGUCCUCUUCCUCCCUCUCUUCCUCUACAUUCUCCUCUUCCUCCUCAUUUUCCUUCUCCUCCUCUUCCUCAUCCUCGUCUUCCAUGUAUUCGUCUUCAAUGUAUUCGUCUUCCAUUUAUUCGUCUUCCAUUUAUUCGUCUUCGUCAUAUCCUUCGUCUUCAUUCUCAUCCUCUUCGAACCCUAGCUCGUCAAUCACCUCCACCUCUGCUCCAUCCUCCGUCACUCCAGCUUCCCAGUACUCUAAUCUGGCAAAAACCAUAACUAGUAUAAUAGAGGGACAAACUAUCCUUUCCAACUACUAUACUACUAUAACGUAUUCACCAACAGCGUCUGCAUCUUUGGGAAAAAAUUCACAUCACUCAGGCUUAUCAAAAAAAAACCGUAAUAUUAUCAUUGGUUGCGUCGUCGGUAUAGGUGUCCCCCUCAUCCUAAUUCUACUAAUAUUGAUUUACAUGUUUUGUGUUCAACCUAAGAAGACAGAUUUCAUUGAUUCUGACGGUAAAAUUGUCACCGCUUAUCGUAGUAACAUUUUCACCAAAAUAUGGUACUUCUUGCUGGGUAAACAAAUUGGUGAAGCAGAGAAAUUCAGCUCAGAUUCUCCUAUCGGCAGUAAUAAUAUUCACAGUUUUGGCGAUAUCGAUCCUGAAGAUAUACUUAAUAAUGACAACCCCUACACCCCUAAACACGCAAAUGUUGAAGGCUACGACGACGAUGAUGCCAACGAUGAAAACCUAUCAUCCAACUUCCACAACAGAGGCAUCGAUGAUCAAUACUCGCCUACUAAAUCUACAUCAUAUUCAAUGUCAAAUAGUAAUAGCCAAGAUUACGGCGAUCACAACGGCGCUGAUGAAAUAAUGCCCGAUGAAAAUAUUCAUCGUGUUUAUGAAGACAGCGAAGCUAGCAUUGACGAAAACUAUUACACAAAGCCAAGCAACGGAUUGAACAUUACAAACUAUUAA